AACACAAAAUCUAUAUAAAAAAAAAACAAUUCAAAAUUACAGACAAUUACUAAAAUUUCAAUUGUGUGCAAUUUCUCCGCACAUUUACAUACUUAGUACUAUCAACGUUUACUUCAAGCUACAAAACGCGUGAACCACCUAAAAAAACUUGACAGAAAAAAAUAAAACUCAUCGAAACCCACAACUCGCAACACUUAAACCAAUUGCAAUUAUUAGAAAUUUACAAUUAAAAAUUAAAGAAAAAAUAGUGAAUUAGCCGAAAAUCCAAAAUCAUUCCAUUUUAAACUAUUGCAAAAAAAACUAGUUCUAACCUAACCUAUAAUAAACCACUUUGUUAUAAACCUAACAACACACUAAACCCCAGCUGCUACACACAAAUACAAAUACAAAUAAUGGAGGGUUCUAAUAGUCCACGCGAAAUGCUACUGCUCAACGGGCAUGCCGAGAGCGCCGCACAUAUAUUGGGUCUCCCAAAUGGCAAUAUCAUCGGUGGUGGCCGCAGUUUGCCUGCAGACAAUGUAAAAUCCGAUCACUUCAACGGCGAUGAUAUAUCAGCUAGCAGUUUUAUGUCCAUUCCACAAUUCUAUGCGGGUCGUAGUGUAUUUAUUACGGGCGGUACCGGCUUUAUGGGAAAGGUUCUUGUUGAAAAAUUAUUACGUUCAUGUCCAGAUAUAAAAAAUAUUUAUCUACUAAUACGACCAAAACGAGGACAAGAAGUCUCAGCGCGUCUGAAUGAGCUGCUUAAUGCACCGCUUUUCGAGACAUUGCGAAGGGAGAAACCAAAGGAAUUGGGUAAAGUGAUUCCUAUAUCCGGUGAUAUAACAUCCGAGGAAUUGGGCAUCUGCGAAAAUGAUCAGGCGCUACUCUGUCGCACAGUAUCCAUUGUAUUUCAUUCAGCUGCCACUGUCAAAUUCGAUGAAAAGCUCAAAUUAUCUGUCACAAUCAAUAUGCUUGGGACAAAGCGUUUGGUUGAGUUGUGCCAUCGCAUGAUGUCCUUAGAUGCACUUAUACACGUCUCCACUGCCUAUUGCAAUUGCGAUAGAACCGAGGUAUCAGAGGUUAUAUAUGCACCACCCUAUAAUCCCGAUGAUAUUAUUUCACUGAUCAAUUGGCUUCCUGAGGAUAUGCUCGAUCAGCUGACACCAUCGCUGAUUGGUAAACGCCCAAAUACGUAUACAUUUACGAAAGCCUUAGCGGAGCAUAUGUUACUCAAAGAAGCUGGUAAUCUGCCUGUUGCCAUUGUGCGGCCAUCGAUUGUGAUUGCCAGCUUGAAUGAACCCUUCGCCGGUUGGGUUGACAAUUUUAAUGGUCCAACUGGUUUGGUAGCAGCCGUCGGUAAAGGUCUAUUCCGUACAAUAAUGUGUGAAAAGAAUUAUGUUGCCGACAUGGUACCUGUCGAUAUUGUGAUUAAUUUAAUGAUUGCCGCAGCAUGGCGUACAGCGACGAGAAAAUCCGAUAAUUUGGCGAUAUAUAAUUGUUGUACCGGACAACGACAUCCCAUACAAUGGGGUGAAUUUGUGAAAUAUGCCAUGAAACAUGUGCGAAAACAUCCAUUGGAGGGCUGCCUGUGGUAUCCGACCGGUGUGUUACGCAUGAAUCGUCCAUUGAAUGCAGCACAUGGCUUCCUCGUACACUACUUACCGGCCUAUAUAUUGGAUAUCGUUGCGCGACUAAUGGGCAAGAAGCCAUUCAUGGCAAAUAUCCAAAAUAAAAUUGCCAAAGCUGUGGGUUGUUUGGAAUACUUUGCCACGCACCAGUGGCGAUUCAAGGAUGACAAUGUGCACGCACUACUCAAUGCGCUGAGCCAGAAGGAUCGCGAAACGUUUGUGUUCGAUGUACGCACCAUUGACUGGGAGAACUAUGUGGAACGUUAUGUAUUGGGCUAUAGGGAAUUCUUAUUUAAGCAACGUCCAGAAUCGCUACCUGCGUGUCGAAAGCGUAUGAUGCGAUUAUACUAUCUGCAUCAGCUGACCAAAGUCGUCGCGGUGAUGUGCACUUGGCGCUUCCUAAUGGCGCAUUCGAAGCGUCUGAAUGCAUUGUGGACAGCAUUUUUACAGAAUGUAUUCAAGUUAAUACGAUUAAUACCAUUUUUGUAAUAUUCGAUGGAGGAGAAAAAUUGAUUGGAGGGUGAAGCAAAUACUUUGCUGGUAUAGUUGCAUAAAUAAUUGAAUUACUUGUAUUAAAACAAUAAGAAAAAAAUUAUAAUUAAUACAACUUAUACAUAUAUAAAUACAUAAAUAUAUUUU